GAAGUCGCUAUUAAUUGCAAAGUUGCCACAGAGCUUCUCGAACCUUUCCGGCCUCCUCAGUGCCGCAGCAUAACUUAGGGUUAGGGUUUCGCCUCUCCCCCUCAUUCCCCGAGCCGCGGCUCCAUGGAGAACCACCAACACUACAACAAGCGUAAGCGAGAUGAGUCGCCUCCAGUCCCCUCCUCCGCGUCCCAGGACGCCGGCGGCGGCGUCGACCUCGCCCUCCUCGAGGCGGUAGAGAAGUCGGCGCAGAACGGCGGCGUGGAGGUGCUCGACCUACGCACCCUGAAGAAGCUGGUGCUCGCCUUUGAGCGCCGCCUUCGUGACAACCUCGAGGCCCGCAUGAAGUAUCCGGACCAGCCCGACAAGUUCGCCGACUCCGAGGUCGAGCUCCACGAGGAGAUCGAGCGCCUCAAGGUCCUCGCCGGCGCCCCCGAGCUGUACCCGGAGCUCGUCGCCCUCAACACCGUUCCCUCCCUCGUCGACCUACUUGGCCACGACAAUGCCGACAUCGCCGUCGACGUCGUCUCCCUCCUCAUGGACCUCACUGACGAGGACGUUCUUGGCGACGACGAUGACAACGAGGAGGCCGUUCGCGUCCUCGUCGACACCCUUCUUGAGAACAACGCUCUGGAGCUACUCGUACAGAACCUCGCCCGCCUCUCCGAGGCCGACCCUGACGAGGCCACCGCCAUUUACAAUACUCUCUCUACCAUCGAGAACCUCAUUGAGGUCAAACCAGCGGUCGCCGAGCUCGUCUGCGAGCGGACAAAGCUGCUGCGCUGGCUCAUCGGCAGGAUCAAGGUGCGUGAGUUUGACGCCAACAAGCAGUACGCCUCGGAGAUCAUGGCGAUUCUGCUGCAGAACAGCCCCACAAACCAGAAGCGGCUUGGCCAGAUGAAUGGCGUGGACGCUGUGCUGCAGGCGGUGGCUUUGUACAAGUCACGAGAUCCAAAGAGCGAGGAUGAGGAGGAGAUGCUUGAGAACCUGUUUGACUGCCUAUGCUGCCUGCUGAUGCCAAUGGAGAACAAGGAGAGGUUCUUGAAGUCAGAGGGCGUAGAGCUCAUGAUCAUCAUCAUGAAGCAGAAGAAGUCUGCUUAUGGGUCUUCGAUCAGGGCGCUCGAUUUUGCAAUGACGAAGUAUCCUCCAGCAUGUGAGCGGUUUGUGGAUGUGUUGGGUUUGAAGACAGCUUUCGCAGCGUUCAUGGGUAAGAUUCCAGUAAGCAAGAAAAAGAAGAAAGAGAGCUACCAGGAGGAGUUAGAGGAGCGCCUUAUUUCACUCAUUGCAUCGUUAUUUGGUGGUAUUCUGAGAGGUUCAAGAAGGGAACGAUUGUUGAGCAAAUUUGUAGAAAACGAAUGUGAAAAGAUAGACCGACUAAUGGAACUUUAUAUGCGGUACUCAGACAGAAUAAAAGCCGAGACUGAAAGACUUGAUAGACUUCAAUUGGAUGAUUUAGAGAUUGAUGAAGAGGAGCGAUAUAACCGAAAGCUCGAAGCUGGGCUUUAUACUCUUCAAUUGAUUGCUGUUAUACUGGGACAUCUCUGGUCUUCUGAUCAUUCAAGGAUGAGAGAAAGGAUUGAGCUGCUUCUUAAGCAGAAUAAAUUGACAAAGAAGGAUGUGAGAUGCAUACUUCAGGAGUAUCACGAUAACAUUGGAGAUCUUGAUGGACCUGAAGAGAAGGAGCGAGCACAGGCAAAGAUUCAAAAGUUCAUUUCUGCACUUUGAAAUUUGCAUUUGCUGUGCAACAAACGAUUCAACAUCCACAGACAAAGGAUUGUUUAGGCAAUCAAGCCCGCAUAUGGAAGUUGCUGAUGAAGCCUUUGUAGAUCAACCAGUUUCCGAGUGUUUAGUUUCAUCUCGUGCUUUUUGUUAUCUUGAUAAGACGACCAUUAUACUUCUAACUAUCAAGUUACAAUUAUUUUC